AAUAUUAGAGUUUUUUUAGACUUUUUCAAUUUCGCGUAAAACAACAUAAUAUUUUUAACAACGACAAAUCCACAUGAAUUUUAUCUGCAUUUUCUGGGUGAAAAAUCAGGUGUCCACACGCAGAGUUAAGGUUUAUCCCCCUUCUUGACCAACGGAAUAGAUUUUGCAGACAAGUAUCAGUUUAAUAUUGGCAAGCGCAUAGAUAAGUCCACCCUUGGGACCCAACAUGUGGGUCAAUCCGGGAUUUCUCGUGUUCUUUGGAUUUCUUCAUGUGACGCAAGCAGAAAGGGAAUUCCCAGAUGAGCAGUCGAUAGUGCAUAUAGACGUGCAAAGAUUGAGACCAAGAAGUUGGAAGUCUCAUCAAUCGAAUGGUGGCGAUAUUGAGGGAGCAUUUAAGGUUCAGUGGACAGGAAAUGGGGAUUUUCAGGCGCGCCAAGUAGAAAAAUCGAGUCUUGAGAGGGAGUUACCCCCCUGGGAUUCCCAGGUGGAAAAAGGGUCCGAGGAGGAUACGAUUGACCCAGAGCCAUCAUUGCCAUCGUCAAUUCUCCAACCGCCAUUUGAAUUCUAUUCAUCAUCUAUCCACGACUUCGCCAAUGAAGACACGACACUGUCGAAUGACUUCGAGACCUCAUCUGAUAAUAAUUCCACGAUAAAGACAUUGAGAAUUUAUGAGAUUACGAAAUCCAAUUCAUCGAGGGGAUUUCGCAAGGGAAAUGCUAUCACAGCUGGACGAUCCUUCGUUAUAUCCGAUCCGAGUAGUGAAACCAAGUCCUCCAAUUCUCUUCGAUCAGUUAUUAGAAACAAAAAUCUUACGAGAUUGAACGGUGUCAAUCGUGGAAAUGAUAGUGGUGGGAGUUAUUCUGGGGCUAAUGGAGUGGAUGACAGAUCGGGAGGGAUAAAACCCAGGACAAAUGUAAUAAGAGCCAAUUCUGGGAAAGGCAAUGCACCCAGGGGCAACCGCAAAUAUCAGGCUAGGGUUGACAGUGAUGAAACGCUCGUGAGAAGAAACAGUUGGGGGAACACGAGGGACAAUUGGAGGCGGCCGGUUAAUCGGCCCAAUCACUUCAGGUUUAGCGAUUCCGGUGUGAAAGUCGGCGCAGUACCGGGGGUUGCCGGUCGUGACUACCCAGUGCACCAGGAACACACCCACCACCAUCUCCAAAAUGUCGUGGGCAGGUUCCCAUGUCCGAAGGACUCAGAAAAACAUUUUUAUCUCGCGGAUCGAGCGUCGCGUUGUCAGAUAUUCUACGUGUGUUAUGGAGGCGAAACUGGAGUGCCCAUGGUCUGCCCCAAUGGCACAUUAUUCAAUCAGGAAAUCCAAGUCUGCGAUUGGUGGUUUAAUGUUGUGUGUUGAAUGUUUAUUAAUCGUAAGAAGAAUCACCACAUGAACAUUACGUGACAUAAACCAAUAAUGUAUAAUAUUUCCUAGAAUAUACGAAAUAUUUACAAAAUA